AUGCGUUCGAACACUGUCGCCAGCUCGCUGGCGCUUCUUGCCCGAUGCGUCGCUGCCCAGCAAAUGAUGCGAUUCUCAUGUUCCAGGCUGACGAUCGAGCGACUUGACCCCCUGGUCUCUCCAGGAGAGAUACAGUCACCCCAUACCCACCAGGUCGGCGGUGGUAACUCAUUCAAUGCGACCAUGCCCCCCGGGACAUAUGAUCCGGUCAAAGAGUCGACUUGCACGUCCUGCACCUUCUCCGAGGACUUCUCCAACUACUGGACGGCGAACUUGUACUUCAGAGCUCGCAAUGGCACGUUGAAGCGGGUUCCGCAGAUGGCCAAUUUGGGUCUCAAGGCUGAUGGUGGUAUUACUGUGUACUAUAUCCCUCCAUAUGAUGGCAAGUCUACAGUCACGGCCUUUAAGCCUGGCUUCCGUAUGCUGGUGGGUGACCCUAUGCUUCGGACCGCCGAAGGUCAGCAACGCCAGCUCUGCCAUCGAUGCUUCGCGAACGUACAACAAGUGCCAUUCGGUGGUGCGCCGUGCACAGGCUCAGAUACUGCAGCGUUGCCAUCAGGAAUGUGUCACGGGGGUAUCCGUACGACCAUUACCUUCCCAACUUGCUGGGAUGGUGUCAACGUUGACAGUCCCGACCACAAGUCUCACGUUGCGUAUCCGGUCAAUGGUACAUUUGAGUCGCUGGCCCCCUGCCCUGAGUCACAUCCUUGGAAAUUGCCCCAGGUGAUGUACGAGAUCCAAUGGGAUACACGAGAGUUCAACGACGAGGACCUCUGGCCCGAAGACGGUUCUCAGCCUUUCGUCUAUAGUAUGGGUGACAGCACUGGAUACGGCCAGCACGGUGACUACCUAUUCGGAUGGAAGGGUGAUGCUCUUCAGAGGGCCUUGGAUGCCCGCUGUCAAAACGACCGAUGCAAAGAGCUGAAGUCGCAGACCUCGGAAGAGGCCAUGAAGUGCGUCAAUAAGCAGCUUAUACCGGAAGACGUUGAUGGAUGGAUGAGCAAAUUGCCUGGCAACUGGACUAUUACCUAG